AUGGCAUUCCUUCAGCUCCUGUCCUGCCUGGCCUUCGUGGCUGCCGUCUCAGGCUGUGGUGUUCCUGCCAUUGAGCCUGUCCUGAAUAACAUACUCAGGAUUGCCAACGGUAAAGAUGCUGUUCCUGGUUCUUGGCCCUGGCAAGUCUCUCUGCAGAGAUAUGGUGCCCACUUCUGCGGGGGCUCCCUCAUCAGUAACAAAUGGGUGGUCACAGCUACUCAUUGCAAUGUCAGGAUAACAGACAAGGUGGUUGCUGGAAGGCAUAACCUGAUGUCUUUAACAGAAAGGAUCCAAGUUCUGAGGAUUGCCAAGAUCUUCAAUAACAGAAAUUUUGACCCGGUCACUAUUACCAAUGACAUUACCCUGUUGAAACUGGCCACACCUGCCCGCUUCCAGAAAAAUGUGUCCCCUGUCUGCCUGCCCAGUGCCAAUGAUGACUUCCCCGAAGGCACUUCCUGUGUUACAACUGGCUGGGGCAAGACCAGGUACAAUGCCUAUGGACCCCCAAACCUCCUCCAACAGGCAAAGGUGCCCCUGCUGUCCAAUUCUAAAUGCAAGAGCUAUUUCCCGACGGUUGUCAAGGACGCCACAAUCUGUGCUGGAGCCAAUGGCGCUUCUUCUUGCAUGGGUGACUCUGGUGGACCCCUGGUCUGCAAGAAAAAUGGCGCCUGGACCCUGGUUGGUAUUGCAUCCUGGGCAAGUGCUCAGUGUCUUACCUACACCCCUUCUGGGUACACCCGAGUCACCAAGGUCAUCCCCUUUAUCAAGGAAAUCCUGGCCCAUAACUGAGCCAUUCCCUCCCCGCCCUCCCCCCCCCCCCCCCGCUAAGAAAGUGGGUACUUUCAACUCUCCCCAUCCCCCAAUGCCA